AAUCUGCAAUCGCCGAUCAUUGUUCAGCCAUUCGUGUCGUCCAACGUGCCGAUGCAGCGACAGCUUUUGUUGACAACAAGCAUCCACGUCGAUCCACUCGGCGAUCCUGGCGCUACUCGUCUGCGUGGUACAGAGACCCGUUGCAUUCCUUGUCGCGCGAUCCUUCGCUCUAGCUGGAAAGAUGAAUUGGAGGCAAACCUUAGUACGAGCAGGACAGCCCAAAAAUGCAAGGCCGCGCGCCGUCCGAGCCGUCCGGUUACGCCUGCCCAGCAGCGCUGCCAGGCUGGCUUACUAUGGAGAGCUUUAUCAUGCAUGGCCAACCGAGGCAACCUCUGUCAGUCAACGGACGCAGCCAUGCCACAGCCCGACGCGUAGAAGGAAACGCGUGAAUUUCACGGGCAAGGCAAGGUAUAUCAGUAAGUCCACUGUGCCCUGGGGGGACGUCAAGCCAGAGCAUCAUUUCUCCACUCCUUCGAAUCAUUUCCCCCCGCUCGUUGCAACAAAUAAGCGCGAGCUCAGCAGCCAUGGCUGCCAUCGUCCAUCUCUUCUCCUUCCUGGGCGCACGCCUCGUUGGCAAUGGGAUCCAGCAUCACAACACAAAAGAUUGCGCGCCAGCGCCACUUACUACGCCAUUUCCAGCCCCAAAGCAGCCAUCAUUGCCACCGCCAUCUCCUCGCCUUCCUGGAGGCCGUCUAGCUAGCAACUCGAUCCAGCAACACAGCACAGAAGAUUGCGCGCCAGCGCCACCUCCCGUACCAAUUCCAGCCUCAUCAGCCAUGCGUUCACUAGCUCGAC